GUUCAGAUGCAGAUGGAUAACUGAACAUCUAAUACCCAUGUUCAGAAGCCAUGAAUUCCAGAAAAUUGCUCUCAGAAACACGGAGAACAUUUCCUGCUACUAAAGUACGCUGCCAGCAGCCAUCGCGGAUUCUCAUUGUGGAUGUCACAUCACCUUCCUGGACCAACACUUGUUCUGUACUCUCUGAAGCUCUGGAAAACACGCUGUGCUUGGUGUGCAGUUUGACAGGCCCCUGCCGUGUUCCCCUGCUGAGCCUCUACGUGGUGCAGAGCCAGCAGGAGUGUCUGCUUCCCUUUACGCAAGUGAGAGAAAACUUUGCACGAGUUCAAGCCUGCAUUUCGGAGCUCCGUUCACUACCAAGAGAAGGCUGUUUCCCACAGGGGGGAAAUGGAGUGGUACAGGCUGUGCAGGAUGGAUUGCAACAGUUCAAACAAUACAGCAGACACACAGCAGCAGGAGGCUCAGCAAACAGUUCUGUUGAGGUCACAAUUUUGACUAGCCAGUCAAGCAAAGAGAUGGUAAAGCAGCUGGAAAAUAAGUUGAAAGAUGUAGACCUUGUGAGUCUACGAAGAAUACAAGUCAUUGAGAUUCUGAAGAGAGACUUUUUGGAGCCUGAGGACAUGGAACAGUGCAUGCCAGCAGAAGAGCCCAUCAGCAAUGACAUUGCAAUCCUGGGAAUGGACAUUGAUGUGCAAACCAUAGAGGACAAUGUCAUCAGCUUGGAGAUGCUGUUUAAAACAUGGCUACAUGACUAUGGCACAGAGAGAGAACACCUCCAUCUCCUCCUUCCAUCAGGAGGCUUCAGCCAUGCGGCUGCACCAAAGACCACCCUAAUGUGCCUGAAGUGCGAUUUGCAGGAGAGAUUGCUCGACCCAGCUCUACUUUCUGGGACGGCUGAUGGCACUGUGAGAGCAGCAGAUCUGAAUUCGCCCUGCCAGAUGGCAGCCUGGCCAGCUACAGUGCUGUAUAAACUCCGGGUUGUAAAGGCUCUGAAGUCUGAAGGGGUUUGUGAGUCUGUACUGUAUGGACUGCCCUUCAUCAUCAAGCCCACAAGCUGCUGGCAGCUAGACUGGGAUGAACUGGAGACAAACCAGCACAGCUUCCAUGCUCUAUGUCAUAGUCUUCUGAAAAGGAAGUGGAUGCUUCUGGCCAAACGUGAGCCACAGAACAUCAGUCCAAACUGGAACAUUGUGGUGCAUUCCUACUACAUAAUUGUCCCUUCCGACUCUGCCACUCUACUUGUCAAAGCAGUCGCCAUCAGAGAGCUCUUGCUGCCAUCAACCUUCCCAGCCCUCCUUGCUGAGCAUCCUGAGAGCGUGUAUGGCCCUAUAGAGAGUGCCCUGAACAGCUUGGAAGUGGAAGUUGCUUAUAACCCCUUGCACCUAAAAAGCAACCUCUACAAAUACCUGAAGAGUAUGUUGUACAAACCUCUGCACAGGCAGCAGGUCCAGCCCAGGGACCAGCGACCAGAGCGGCAUCAACCCAAGCAGCAUCAGAGCAGAGCCAAAGCCACGGUGGCACCCCUUCUGAUGGCUCCUUCUCCUGCCCAAGUGUUCAGACCAGCAGUGGCGAGGAGAGAUUCCUGUGAAUGCUCCCUGCUCCCCAAGGAGUAUGACGAGUUCCUGCAGUGA